AUGGAUCCAGCAUUAGAAUUCGAACAAUCGUUAAUUUCACGAAACCCAUCUUUGUUUGAGCCUGCACAUCGCGAAAACUCCGCGAUACAACGUUUCUAUGACGGUCGAGUUGUAUUUAUUACGGGUGGAUCUGGUUUUAUGGGGAAAUUGCUUAUCGAAAAAUUAUUCAGAACAUGCGAAAUAAAAAAAAUGUAUGUGAUGAUUCGACCCAAGAAAGAAACGAUGCCAAGUCAAAGGCUUGCGAAGACAUUUGGAGAUCCUGUGUUUGAUGGCUUGAAAAAAAUGCAACCGAACUUCAUUGAUAAAAUAGAAGCAAUCGAAGGAGAUAUUGCUGACAUACGAUUGGGUAUAAGUGAAAGCAACUGGAAGAAAUUAACCGAAGAAGUAGAUGUUAUUUUCCAUAUGGCAGCCGUAGUUAGAUUUGAUGCACCGUUGAAGUCGACUGUAUUGUCCAACGUUCGCGGUACUCGUGAGGCACUUCGUUUGGGAAAAUCUUGUAGAUCCCUACGUAGUUUUGUGUACGUCUCGACUGCUUACAGUCAUGCAACUCGAAGCCGCAUCGGAACUGAGAUAUCUGAUGAUUUUCAUGAAAGUCCAGCAUCCCCUGAUGCGCUUAUACAACUUGUUGAAAAUCUUGACGAAGACAAUCUUAAAGAAGUAACACCAGCUUUGUUAAAGGAUUGGCCUAAUACAUAUUCAUUUUCAAAAGCUGUCGCUGAAGAAAUGAUACGUAUAACUGAUGGAGACUUACCGAUUUGCGUCGUCAAACCAGCUAUAGUCAUUCCAACCAACCGUGAGCCGGUUCCAGGGUGGAUUGAUAUGAAUUGUGUCUUUGGCCCAAGUGGACUACUCAUUGGAAUGGGUUUGGGAUUCUUGCACGUAUUCUUUGCGGAUGUCAAUAUUAGAGUUAAUAUUGUACCUGGUGACAUCGCCACCAAUGCGGUGAUAGCGACGGGUUGGGAAACAGCGAGGCGGCAUGCUGCCGGCGACAAGGAGACCAAAGUGUACGCGGUUAGCAACGUAAGGAAUCCAGUUAAAUGGGGUACGAUUGGGGACUUUUUCCGUGGCGAUUCUAAGAAAUUUAUGUCUCCUUUAGUCACUUACUACCCGUGGGGCGUCGAGACUAAAUCGAAACUGAUGUUCUUUAUUUACUCAUGGCUCUUCCAUUUCAUACCUGCUUACAUUAUCGACGGAGUUUGUAUGUUGGCUGGAAAACCUAAAAGAUUCGUAAAACUCUACGAAAAAGUAUACAAAAUGACUACAGUAUUCAGUUACUUCAAUUGCAAUGAAUGGACAUUCAAUGACGAUAAUCUACGUGAUUUACAUUUAGAAAUGACUGAUGAUGAUAAGGAAAUCUUUAACGUUGACUUAACUGAUAUCAAUUGGUUGGAUCAAAUGAAUAUAUGGAUAAUUGGCUUGCGUAAAUAUAUCGUUAAGGACGGUCUUACUGGAACAAACUACGCCUUGAAGAAAUAUUUCUGGUUAAGAUUGGGUCAUUAUAUUUUAACUGCUCUUUGUCUAUAUUCCUUAUGGGAAGCUUCUACUUGGUUAUAUUCUUUAUUUAGCUCAUUUUUCUAGAUUAAAUUUAUG